GACUUUUUUCACCAAGAUAAACAGCUCGGGUGCCAUUGGUCUGGUGUCAUGCCCAUUCCACAGCCAACACAGGCUUCACCGUCGGAAUCACGCGAACUUUAUGGUGGGGCCAUUGUAACCGAUAUUCCAAUUAGUUUUCUGGACGCGAGCGAUUUUCGCGAAGUGCCGAGCAAUCAGGAAGUCUUUGUGGAUCAAAACACCGAUCAAAGCAUUAUCAUUGAGCUGCUAGAGCUGGCGAGUGACGCAGACGAUGCCGAAGCUGCAAACUUCCAUUUCCAACAGUUAGCAGAGGAUAAUGAUGCGGCGGAGAGCCGGGUCCUCUCUGUCGAGUACUUGGAUCCUGCCACAGUAACUCCGUCUCUUCCUUCGACCGUUCAUCUCUCGGUUAUUGUUGGCGAGCAAGUCGUUAGCAAAUUCCGCGAGGGUAAUCCAAACGCACGUAAUUUAGUAGCUAUUUACAUGGCUGUCUUGCGAAUACCGCAUGUUACCACAGAUCUGGUCAUCUCGUACAAUCAUCCGGUGGCAUUAGGUCAAAGUAGCAGCUCGGCCACAGCUUUGAGAGAGAGUGGAGGGCAUGUGGGAGUCCCAGAGGUAGCCAUGGAGAAUUUUAGGAAUAUGUUACGUAGACUGAGGAUUGUGGACUGGGGACUGUUUGGAGCAUAAAGCAAGAUGUUUGGAUCGGUGUAUUUAGUUGUCACGCUGUUACUUUGCCGGGAAUAUCGAGGUCUUCAUGAAUAUCAUUUUUGGGUCAUUUGGAGUAUCUACUUAAUAAUCUGACUUGGAUAAGACUGGCCA